AUUAAAAUUAAUUAGGUACAGAGACUAGAGGCUUGCUUGGUGACAGUGUGUCGACGUCGACGCGGAGGAGCGGCAAGAUGGCUAACGUAGGGAAGGUGAUAUCAUGCAAGGCAGCAGUGGCCUGGGAAGCCAAACAACCUCUCUCCAUAGAGACUGUGGAAGUGGAGCCUCCGAAGGAGGGAGAGGUCAGAGUUCAGAUAUUGGCCACUGGGGUGUGCCACACCGACGCCUAUACUCUCGGGGGCGCAGACUCGGAGGGGAAAUUCCCCUGCAUCCUUGGCCACGAAGGAGGGGGUGUGGUCGAGAGUGUGGGUCCGGGGGUCACCUCUGUUGCCUCCGGCGACCACGUCAUCCCUCUCUACAUCCCGCAGUGCAGAGUGUGCAAGUUCUGUCGCAGUUCAAAAACUAACCUUUGCUCCACCAUCAGAAGUACCCAGGGCCAGGGAGUGAUGCCAGAUGGGACUUCCCGCUUCACCUGCAAAGGGAAGACGGUGUAUCAUUUCAUGGGAACCUCCACAUUCUCAGAGUACACUGUCCUACCAGAGAUGUCAGUGGCCAAGGUGAACCCCGCUGCCCCACUGGACAAGAUCUGUCUCCUUGGCUGUGGCAUCCCCACUGGAUAUGGUGCUGCACUCAACACUGCCAAAGUCGAGGCGGGGUCAAGUGUGGCUGUGUUUGGCUGUGGAUGUGUAGGACUGGCAGUCAUAAUGGGUGCCAAGGCAGCAGGAGCCUCCAGAAUCAUUGCAGUGGAUAUCAACCCUGACAAAUGGGCCAUUGCCCAGCAGUUUGGAGCCACGGAGUUCUUCAAUCCCAAGGACCACAACAAACCAACCCAGCAGGUCCUGGUAGAGAUGACCGACGGAGGACUGGACUACACUUUCGAAUGUAUUGGCAACAUAAAGACUAUGAAAGCGGCUCUGGAGGCGUGUCACAAGGGGUGGGGAGUGUCCACCAUCAUAGGAGUGGCCGCCGCAGGGCAGGAGAUCUCCACAAGACCAUUCCAACUGGUCACUGGCCGUGUCUGGAAGGGAACUGCCUUUGGAGGUUGGAAGAGCAGAGACUCAGUCCCCCAGCUGGUGGAGGACUAUCUGGCCAAGAAGAUAAAGGUGGACGAGUUUGCCACUCACUCCAUGCCACUGGACGACAUCAACAAGGCCUUCGAACUCAUGCACGACGGAAAGAGCAUUCGCUCGGUUGUAACCUACUGAAGUGUCCCCCAGCUCCCACCACACUCCAGUGAUGCCAGAGAGACAAUUGAACUGUAGUCAAUAUUAAAUCAAUCAUAAUUGGAUGUUUUCAUAUAUAGCUGCUUGAUUCACAUGCAUAUCAUGUUUAGCUACGCCCAUUUAUAUCAGGAGUUGGGAGUACUCUCU